AUGAAAAGAAGACAAAGUGCAUGGAUAAAGGUGUUUUUAAUGUUAUCAAACCUUCUGGACAUAAGAACCAGCAACGAACCAACAAACAAUAAUCCCGCUAGAUUCCCAAUGAAUCAGAACAAUAUCCACAUACAGAGACCUAAUAUAACAGACUCUUCACAUACAACUAUGAUUAAUAAUCCCCCGUAUACAACUAUGACUAAUAUCCCAGAUACACUUAGUGACUUAAACCUAUUCGGUAAAACCAUAAUUAUAUCUGGGCCUUACAAGGUCAUGACAAGUAGCGUAGUAAUUAUAACAGGAGACAGUACAAUUAUAACGGGAUAUAAUACAAUUAUACACGGUAAUAAUAGGAUUGUAGAUGGAAAUACAGUUAUAACAGGGAAUAGUACAAUUAUGUACGAUAAUAUAACGGUGACAGGUAAUAGUACAGUUAUAACAGGGAAUAAGACUAUUCUAACAGGAGAUACGAUAAUUAUACCGCGUACACUGCAGGAUACAGCAGAGAUGUCAUAUAAUAGGAUAAUACGUGGGUCAGGCUUAGUUAUAGACUUAAAUCAUACUGUUACAACGGGGAAUACAUCUGUAACACAGGAAAAUACGUUAUAUAGUGAAAGAAAUAUGUUAUAUGCUGGUGAAAAUACGUUGUAUAAUCAAAAUACGUCUAGUGCAAUUAAUAAUAGUGAAAAUACAUUAUAUAGCGAAAAUACGUUGUAUAAUGAAAGAAAUCCAUUAUACGAUGAAAAUAUGCUAUAUGAUGGAAAUGAUGUUAGUGAAAAUACACUAUAUGGUGAAAAUAUGUCUAGUGCAAUUAAUAAUGGAGAAAAUGUGUUGUAUGGUGAGAAUACGUUAUAUGGUGAAAAUACUAAUAAUUUAGAUAAUCAGGAUACCGUUAUACCAGGCGAUAACAAUUUGCAAGAUGAAAACAUUCCAUCUGUUAUACUAAAUACACCUGUAAGUAAUAUAACCCGUAAGAGUACUAAUUACAAUGGGACUGGUAACCCAAAUGAUUUAUAUACUAACGUAUUUACUGAAGAUGAGAAUAUGGCGGGUAGAUCUGAUAAAGAUGCAUCUAUAUACUCAUGGAUAUAUAAUUUGCAUAAUGAAAAACGAGUACCUGAAGAUAUCCCAAAAUCGUCAGAAUCAACUUCACCAAAUAAUACUAGCCUGAACACAGCAGAACAUAGUAGUCAUUUUGAGUAUACUCCUGAUUUAGUGAUGAAUUCUAUUGAAGAUUCAAGUGAAACUUCUAGUUCUGCUGAUAUAUAUUCAUCUUUCAUAAAAUCAAUGACACCUGAACAGAGAAAGGUAUUUCACGAAGCAAUUGAUAGAUUAGUGAGUGAUAUAGACUCUGAUGUGCCUAUGUCCCAGACAGAUGAUGUAAUUAAUGAAGUCUUUGAAAUUAAUGAAAAUAGUGAUAUAAUUGAUCAGGAUGAACAGAAAACAAGUGAUAAUGAGCAUAUAAUUGUCAUAAGUGAAGAUGGUUCUGUUAUUACUGAUAAUACAGAAGUCGGUGAAGUUGAAGGUCAUACGCCUGAAUACAAGAGUAGUGAAGAAAGUAUUGAAAUAAUAGAGGCCAUGGCAGUCCCUAGCAUAGAGAAUAAUAGGAAGAAGAUUGAGGUUAACCUUUUUAAUUACAGGAGUAUAGGAUAUCCAGAUGAAAAUAAGUUUACAAAUGCACAUUAUCAUCACUUACGAAAGAGCUCGGGCUUUCAUUCUAGGAAAGAUAAAAAGGACAUUAUAUCUAGCCUAAUGAAGGAGCGUGCUAAUAUUUGGGGUUUAUUGUUUCAUGUUCCCACUGCUUGCAAAGUAAGCCGAUUUAUGGUUCUUUAUAGGCUAUCUCACCCUAGUAAUGCGGAUGCAGUCAAUAGCUAUCUUAAAUCGUAUGAUUUAACGGCCUAUAAUGGUGUAUUUGUGGAUCUACAUCAAUAUAUAGCACAAACCAUAAGCACAAACCAUCUGCACCGAGGAUGGAACUGCAGACUGCAAGAAAUAAGAGUGAAGAGUGUGCAGGAUGCAGAAAUGUCAACAGAAGACACGGAGGAUGCGGGAAUAUUGACAGGUGAUGUGGAUAUGGAAAGUAUUGAUGGUGCAAAGGCGAAGCUGAUAAAUACAUGGAAAAUUAUAAAGAAAAGACAGAAGUGUGCAAAGAACUUUAGAGAGCCUAUUAGAACAAGAAGAUCCAUUAAGAACUCAGAAGAUGAGAGUGCGGUAGAAGAAACAAUUAAGAAAAGACAAAAACGUACUAAGAGUCUGGAAGAGCCUAUUAAGAAAAGAAGGUCCAUUAAGAGCUCAGAAGAAUUAGAAGUAUCCUUCCCUACAAAACUGAAUAAUUCACAGAAAACUGAAAGAAAUAAUUCUGCGUGUUCGAAAAAUACAAAAGACAAUAUAUCAAGUGGGACAGAGACUGAAAUUGAAACACUAUAUGAUAUAUACAUGAGAAGAUCCCUUAAUGCCUUCUGGUAUGCCAAUUCCCUGGAGAUAAUGAAUUCGAGCAAAAAAUGCUUGGAAAGAAGUAAGUGCGUGGAUAUAAUACUCCAAGAAAAUAUUAGCUUGAUUCUGGCACUUCCUGAGAUAUACCAAGACCUCUACAAUAUAAGUAAGGAUGCAAUUGAUGCUGCAAAGGAACAGUUUGCCAAGAAAAAUAUUAAAGCAGAAAGUAAUUUGGUAAUUGUUGAAUAUCUAAUGCAUAAAGUGCAGACAAACACAAUUGGCAUGGAAGCGACAUAUGAGAAAGUGAAAAAGAUACAUAUUCAUGGAGUAUCAAUUAUGAAACUUAAUAGGCAGCUUAUAUACAAUGUGGUAUAUAAUGCCUUUAUGCUUUUCUAUGCUAAUUCUGGAUAUUUGCAAAGGCUUCGGGUUGAGCGCUUUGAAAAAGAAUUAGAAGGGAUAGAUGAACAGAAGAAACAAAAAUUCUUUUCCUCCAAUUGCUACAAUUUUAGAUCACCUGAUAAGAAAAAGGUUUCUAUUCUGCUGGGGGCUCUUGGAGAUAGAAAGCUUGAAAACUCGGGUAACUCCUACUAUAGCCUUACAUAUAAACUGCUGGGUAAGAAUGCCAUUGUGAGCCAAAAGUAUCUUAUAUGCGAGUACUGGUUUAGACUACAGAGUGCUGCUAAAAACAAGUGCAGCACAAAGCCAAAAAUAGAUCGGGUUAAGGUUGUAUACAAGGAUCAUGUCUUAAGUAGGGCUGAAAUAACCCACGCCAAGCACUAUCACGUUCAAAUAGUGGAUAACUUCUUGCAUAGGGUAGAAACAAUACAUCUUCCAUUUUAUGUGCAUAAAUCAGGAGAAACUACAGAGCUAAUUCCAGUCCAUACAGUUGCCUGCAUAAUAGCACACUUGAAAAAAGUGUUCAAAAUAACAAACGAAAAAGUGCAUGGGGGUAUUUAUCCUUUCAAGUAUAACAGAAAGAAGGAAACCUGGUCAAUGGUUACUGGCACAACUGUGCCAAAUACUAAUCCAGCCAGUGACAUGCUGAAGACAGUUGAAGAGCUUAACCAGGAAGGAUUUGAUAUAAUAUUCUAUCAUAUACAAAAUAUACACGCAGAAAAUCUUACUUUUGCAGUGUUCUUGGGCCCUGGUGAAAAGUCGGGUAGAGACAGCCUUAAAACACGAAUCCCCUUGUUUCUUCCGCAACUAAUGGUUUCUGCUGCUCCGCUGGGUCCAUACAGCGCGAACUUCGAUCUCUCUAGAAGGAAUUUUGUCUCUGGCUUCUCUAACUUAAAACCCGUUGAAUUUAUCCACAUCAACGAUCGCUUUGCUGAGUACACGCAUAGCUCGUGCUCACUCAUGAAGAAUUACUACAGUGACUUUAUGGUUCAGAAUAUACAUGGACCAUUUGAGGACAACGAGUGCUUUGCAAUGGGUAUUAGGCAGUAUGAGGUUAAUGAGAAAAAAUUCAUUAGAUGGGAGACAAAACAGCAAAACAGUUCAGAAGAAUAUUCAAGCUACAUGUUUUCUUUCAAAGCAAAUGCAUCCCAGGCAGAUAAUUCGAAGAGAGAGACUGUUGAGAGGUUUUUGAAGGUUAUCCAAGGAAAGCAUGCUCUGCUAGACAUGGUUUACUAUGGCGUCUCUGUGCAAAUGCUUUCUGAAAAAGAAAGCAAAGAGUCAGGACUAAUUAUGUGUAAAACUUUGAGGGACUUCCUUAAAGACAGAAUUAAAGUUGUUUUUAGCCCAUACCCAUCAGAAAUCAUUAAAUUAUUAAACAACAGUCCAGUGUUGCAUUGCCCAGAUGCGAAUAGUGGUGUAAUAACGAUCAAAACAGUCAACCACACCAUGUCUAAGCUAGGCUUGCAUCUUGGGAUCUGGAACAUAUUCCUACAGAACUGCCGAGCCAUGCCAAGCCAAAACAUGGAAUAA